GACCCACUCCGCGCGUGCUCGCUACAGAAUCGCUCAGAUGGAUGCUGCAGGAGCAACCGCCGUCGACCAAGCGGAGGGGCUGCCGCCGCCGAAGACGCUGGUUGACUGGGCGCUGCAGAUCCUCGACACGGCCGACCCCGACGAGAAGGCCCGGCUGGGCGACCUCGCCGCCACCCAGUGGUUGCGCGGCGCCAUCCCGCUCCCCUACGACCCGGCGCAGUCCCCGCGGGCCCCGCCGGACCGCCCGGCGCGGAGCGACGCGGUGCGGCUGCUCCCGCCCUCCCGGAUGCCGAAGCUGGGGAAGGGCGGCAGCGCGCAGAGCCGGCUGGCGAUGCUGCACUCGCUGGCGCACACCGAGAGCUGGGCCGUCGACCUCUCCUGGGACAUCGUCGCCCGCUUCGGCGCGCAGCUCCACAUGCCCCGCGAGUUCUUCGACGACUUCGCACGCGUCGCGCAGGACGAAGGGCGGCACUUCGCGGUGCUCUCCGCGCGGCUCAGGGAGCUCGGCUCGCACUACGGCGCGCUCCCCGCCCACGACGGGCUCUGGGACUCGGCCAUGAGCACGUCGCACUGCCUCCUCGCGCGCCUCGCCGUCGAACACUGCGUCCACGAGGCUAGGGGAUUGGAUGUCCUUCCAACCACCAUAUCAAGAUUUCGUGCUGGCGGGGAUGAACAAACAGCCAAACUGCUUGAAGAUAUUAUUUAUCCUGAAGAGGUAACACACUGCGCAGCUGGUGUUAGAUGGUUUAGAUACUUGUGCCUCCGGCCCCGCACCAGUGAUCCAAUUAUACAUCCAAUUCCUGAGUCUAAACCCCAAAGCUCUGAGCUACCAGAAAGUGGUACCGGUGAUGAUGGCCUUGAUGGAUCGGCAGAUAAGCUGACAGUUAAUGGCCAUGAUGAGACGGUUCAACAAGUGGAGGAUGGACUGGCAAAGUGCAGAUUAGGCGAGAAGGGUGAUGUCGAUGAAAUAGCAAUCAUUAAGAGAUUCCACAGCAUCGUUAGAGAGCAUUUCCGAGGACCCCUGAAGCCCCCCUUCAACACGGAGGCGAGGAAAGCAGCUGGGUUCGAGCCUGCCUGGUAUGAACCCCUAGCGGUGAAGGAGGCAGAGACACAAACAAUCGAGCCGCGUGAAGUGUAGUGUUUGUGCUGUUUUCCGGGUAGUGGUAUGCUAGAAGCCACACAUUGGGUACUACGCCCCUCAGUUCAGUCUGGUUUUCGUUUACAUUUUAGCAGAAUGGUGAAACUUUUAUUUUUGUGCCGGCAAAACAAACAGAGCAGACAAAACCAAACCAAGAAAUGUACGUGAAUUUCACUGGAUUUU